GCAUGAGUCAUUUGGUUAUAAAAUUUUCCGAAGGGAAUGAUAAAUGGCGGGAAUUUAAGUUGAUAAACAGUCAUAAUCACUGAUCAUCGUUAAAAUGUUAGCAGAGAAAGCUUUAGAGCUCAUUGCUGAAUUACAACGAACGAUUGAUAGCACACUUGGUCCAUAUAAUGAAGACACAGCCAGACACGUUUUAGAAGAGAUGAAAGCUUUGUUUGAACAAAAUCAGAAAGAUGUCAGUGCCACAGUUGCUGGAGAAAAUGGUUUGUUUUCGGGAGUACAGCUAAGGCAUGCUGCUUUAGAGAGGAAUAAAAGGUGUCUAUUAGCAUAUAUUUAUAACAGACUACAACACAUAAAGAAGAUGAGAUGGGAGUUUGGAAGUGUACUGCCUUCUGAUGUCAAAUUGAACCUAGGUGAACAGGAAGUUCAGUGGUUUGGAAAAUAUAACAAACUGCUAGCAAACUAUAUGAGAUCCAUAGGAGAUCAUGGGGGACUUGAUCUCACACAAGAUCUUAAACCACCAAAAACUUUAUUCAUUGAAGUCAGGUGUUUAAUGGACCAUGGUGAAUUUGAAACCCAAGAUGGUAACAUUGUGUUGUUGAAGAAAAAUAGCCAGCAUUUUCUAUUGAGAUCUGAAUGUGAACAUUUAAUCAGACAAGGAGUUUUGGAACAUAUUGUCCAUGGUUAAACACUGUUGAAUCAAGUUUGUUAAUGUGCAAUAAGCCAAAAGCAAGUGUGUAACUUUUAUCCAAUAAAUUCAAUACUGGA